UGUCGACCGGGCUUUGUGCUAAUGGAGGAUGGCCAUGGCUGUGAAGAAGAUGAGUGUGCAACAGACAACGGUGGAUGUGCCCAAACCUGCACCAAAGUCCCAGGAAGUUACACCUGUUCCUGUCAACAGGGCUUCGUGUUGAUGGCAGAUGCCCAUGGUUGUAAAGCUGACGAAUGUGCGACAGAGAACGGCCGGUGUGACCAGAUCUGCACCAAAAUCCCCCGAGGCUACAGGUGCUUCUGCCGACAAGGCUUCGUGCUGAUGGAAGACGCCCACGGCUGUCGAGUGUGCGGCCACUGCCUGGGCGGGGACGUGAACUGUGACCCAGUGUCGGGUGUCUGCUCGGCUGGCUGCCGGGAUGGAUGGAAAACACAGCUUUGUGAUAAAGCUGUGGAUCCACCAAUGGACCUGGCCGUAACUGACAUCACGGACGAAGGGUUCAAGGUCACCUGGUCUCCAUCACCUGACCCUGACCUUCAGGGGUACCGUGUGGUGGUCUCCAACCUGGACAUGACGACAGCUGUCAAUCAGAGCACUGACGAGGCGUGGUUUCCGGUGGUCGGCCUGUUACCAGAGACUACUUACAUCAUCAGGGUGACUGCCCUGUUCUCUUCAGGUGGUUGGAGGUCACAGAGUGAGGCGGCAAUGAUACCGGCAACCACAGGUAGGGAGAGUCUAGCUGCUGUUGACUCCACCACACCAUCAGCUGCUGAAACAACUAAGCAGACAAGUGGGAUGCCCACAUCCAUGUCCACCAGACCAUCAACUCCAACUGCACAACUCGGAUCGGAUACCGAUGGAACCACAGAGACCAUCAUCAGGCCGCCGGGCGGCAACAGGGCAACAUCAGCUGAUCAGGCUCUUGGUAACAGUCUGGAGAGCAUCUCUGCAGAAUCCGUCAGCUCAAGCCCACAGGAUGUGCUCCAGAUUCUGGCUCAGUCUGCAGAUGUCUCUGGAGAUGAUGUUGUGUUGGGGCAGCCGGCAUCAGCUGCUGAGGAAAAGGCGCAGAUGUGCAGGAAGGCAAUUAAAACUUUGGCCUCUGAAAUGGGUCGGGCCCAGACACCGCAACAUCUGCAAAGGAUGUCUGAGUUAUCAUCACUUGUCAUUAAGUCCUGUCCUGGCAUUCCACAGGAGGAUAAGGUACACGACAUGGCCAUGGUUGUUCUGAAGUCCAUCACCAGCAAACUGGACCAGCUGGACAUGUCUGACCCGUCGACUGUCCAGUCUGUGGGAGGAUCUCUGGUGGAGUCUGUUGGUUCUCUGCUUGAGGACCCAGAGAGAGAUGAAGAGGCUGAUGUGAAGCUCACUUCUGAUUUUGAGGAGGACCAAAGUCUCUCUCCAAAGGAGCGCCUUCAAAAGGUGGAACAAAAGAAGCAGGAGAACCAAGCUAGGAGACGAAGAUUUGUCCAGGAAGGCCGCCAGGUCCUGGACGGUCUGUUCAACGCCAUCAUCAGCGCCACGAGGCCAGGAGCCCCGGCGGUCACCAUCAAGAGGGAUGGCAUCACACUGCGUGUCCAGAGGAUCUCGGGCAACCAGUUUGGAGGCCAGGUCGUGCAGACGGAUGAUGGGAGCUUCCAACUACCGUCUAAAGUAGCGCUUUUCGCGGACUAUACGCCGCACAACGUCGCUAUGAAGUUGACACAGUUUCAACAGAACCCUUUUACCUGGGGGCGUGGGGAGUACCAACCACGUUCGUCUGUCAUGGAACUGUCACUCCAACAGAACAACUUUCCCGUGGCCUUCAACAACCUGACUGAAGACUUCAACAUCACCAUUCCGGCCAAAUCCGGAAACAAACCAGCGACAACAACCGUCACCAUCCCUGCCCAAGGAAACGGAAGUUCCAGAUACCAUUUGCUUAACCUCACCAACGCCGCAGAAGGCUUCCUGGUCACAAUCACCCCGCUGAACACUAGCGUGGUUUACCGUGUGUCGGGCAGGUACGGCGGCCGCCCUGGUGACCAAAACUACAACAUGUCCACAGAGACGUACAUCCUACCCGAGUAUUGUGCCUUGAUGAAAACUCUGAGUGGCGAGGAAGACACAGAGAAGACAGAGGCAAGAAUGUUCGUCUCGGGGGAGGAUGGUCCUGUGGAUUACAACAUCAAGGUUGAAAUACUUGGACCAGUGACGGAGUGUGGCAGUGAGAAAAGAACCGACGUGAAGGAGCCACACGCCGCUGACUUCUACGCCUACAAGAUAGAAUGGGCCCGUUUGGGCUGUGUCUUCUGGAGCGAGACGCAGGAAGCCUGGAGAACGGACGGCUGCUCGAUAAGCAAUCAGUCCACCAUUACCAGCACUAUUUGUCACUGCAACCACCUGACAGCCUUCGGGAGUGACUUCGCCACACCGCCGAACACCAUCGUGUUCGAGGCGUUGAACUUCAGGGAUCUUGCAGACAACGGUGCCGUCGUGGCGACCAUCAUUGCGGGGCUCUGUCUCUUCUCGCUCACAUCAGUCGCGAUCAAGAUUGCUGAGCGUAAAGGAAAAGGGAAGUUAAAUAGAACUGUAAGGUUGGACAAUCUUCAAGACAACUUCCGGUACCGCCUCCUCAUCUGGACAGGUGGAGCUAAGCAUGCUGGGACAGAGUCUACCGUUGCCUUCAAGCUGUUCGGAGAUGCAGCAAACACUGAUGUGAGACUGGUCGACCUCACAGAGAAGGUUUUCACCCAAACCAGCCAGGUGACCCUGACCUUCAGCACAGCAGAACAGCUGGGUAAGGUGGAGCUGCUGCAGCUCAUGCACGACAACAGUGGGGAGGGGAGCCGCGCAUCGUGGCACGUGGACCGAGCAGCCGUGCAGGAUCUCACCACGGGCAAAUUGUUCUAUUUCUUCUGCGACGAGUGGCUGGCAGCCGACCGCGGGGACGGGCAGGUCGUGAAGACCUUUCCUGUCGCCUCUGAGGAGGACCUGCGAUCCUUCGGGUUCCUGUUCCCGGCAAGUGUGCGCCAUAACCUGGCAGAGGAACACCUAGUUCUGUCCGUCGCAUUCAGGCCUGAAGGUAGCACGUUCACCCGCAUCGAGAGGCUUGGCUGCUGCCUGAGUUUCUUCGCUACGUCCAUGGUGUCCAGCGCCAUGUGGCUGAGGGAUGAAGUAGAAACCGAGAUCGUGCGGGUCUUCAGCCUGGGGCCAUUCUCCUUCACCUUGAACGGAGUCUACACGGGGUUCAUGGCCAGCAUCACCUGCCUUCCCGUUAUCACAGCCAUAGUGCUGCUGUUCCAGUACAGCCGGCCGAGCAGCAAGGGCGACCGCCGGGUCCGAGACGUGGAGACGGGCGGCCCACCUGAGGCAUCCACCCAGAGGGGUCCAGCCAAGCGCCUGCCACACGGGUGCAGGUACGUGGCCUGGGUGCUGGCGAUGCUGUCUUUCCUUGGGUCAGCUGUCUUCACCACGCUGUUCAGCAUGCAGUGGGGCAGGGACAAGACCAACAAGUGGCUGUCUGCGUUCCUCAUCACCUUUCUGGCAGACGUCUUCCUUAUGGAACCAGGGAAGAUAUUUCUUCUUGCCAUCUUCACUUCAUCCCUUCGCAAGACACAAGCCGUCAAGACGAUUUUUGAAGAGAAACGGAGCCCCGUUUUAAUUGAAGCCAAUGCUAUGUCAGGCUUUAACUGCGAUGCAUUUCGCACAAGGAGAAAGAUGGAGCAACUUUCGAUGACGUCCCUUAUCAACAUCAAACAAGAAAGGAAGAAGCAGCGCAGGGAUAGGAGGUUUGGCGAAAUCCUUCGGGACAUCAUGGUGUCUUGCUUUUACGUGCUGCUUGUCCUCAGCAUCACCAACGAACACCACAGCACCACCCAGGCCUUCUAUCAGACACAGAGUGCAACCAACACUUUUGUGCAGUCCUUGGACGAGGUAAAUGAUGCUGAUACCUUCUGGUCCUGGCUGAACGGGACCGCUAUGGAGAACUUCUACCCGGAGACUUCCUACAAUAACAACAAGCUUCGCUGGCAGGAUAAGGCCUUCACAGCAGACAUGCAGUCGGUCCUGGUCGCCCCGCCUAGCAUGAUCCAAGCCCGAGUAAAGCAAGGGCUGUGUACAGUGCCAGCAGCAAUGCAGCAGUCGUUUGACGAAUGUUCAUCAGGGUACAAUGAACACACCAAGGAGACCGGGGCGUUUCGAAAGGGUUGGGAAAGGGUCAUGAAUAUGUCAGCGAUGGAGUCAGAAGCCCCUGGAUGGACCUACCUCCACAGUGGAUACACCAGUCUCCCCAUCUACGGUGUGACAACGCAGUACUGGGGAGACGGCUUCGGGCUGAACCUGGGAAAAUCUGCAGACGAGAUGCGAAGCAUCCUGGCAGAGCUGAAGGCCAACCGUUGGAUCGACAAGCGGACGAGGGCCAUCUUCUUAGAAGCGUUGCUCUACGACGGGAACCUGGAUCUGUUCACAUCGCUGACGAUGGUGUUUGAAUUCUCCGAGACGGCCGGAGUUUUCACCCAUCAUCGCAUGCAGGCCUUCCGACUUCAUCAACGGCUGGUGACGAUCGGGUACAUCUACGUCCUGCUGGAAAUCACUUACGUCAUCGUUCUUCUCUACACACUGUGGAAAGAGAUGAAAACUGCCCGUGCAGCCGGCUUGGCCUACCUGAGGGAGCCAUGGAAGGUUUUGGAAAUCUUCAAUUUCUUCUUAGCAUUUACUGUCAUCGCCUUGUACGGCUUCAAGAGAACCUACAGCUCCAUGGCUCUGGCAGCGAUCAAUGCUGGGAAAGAUGAAGUCCACCAUUUCCGAUCUGCGGUGAACGUGAGCCUGGUUUACGGCUGGUUCCUGGCCUUCCUGACGUUUGUCAACAUGAUGAAGUUCCUCCGGCUGCUGAGGUUUAACCCAUUCCUCGCCAAGCUGAUGUCCAUGAUCCGAGGGAUGUCGGUGGAGUUCUCUUCCUUCACCGUCUACCUCUUCCUCGGCAUGUCAGCAUUCGGCGUCUACGGUUAUCUCAAGUUCGGCCUUAUUGUGGAGGAGUACAGCACCAUCAGCAAGUCCUUCUCUACCCUGUUCCAGAUGUCUCUUGGGAACUUCUACUACUACCAGCUUUGGGAGGCAGCCCCCAUCCUCGGCCCCAUCUACUUCAUCACUUACACUUGCAUAAUCUUCCUGGUGCUGAUGAACAUCGCCAGGGCGAUCAUCGACAGCCGCCUUCCCGAUGUGCGGAACCACAUCAUGUCUGAGGAGGACCAGUACUUCAUCCAGGGGUUGUGGGAACGCUUCACGGCCUUCUUCGGCUUUUGGAAGGUGCCAGUCGCAGAAAACAACUCCUUGGACACUCUUCAUGACAGCCUGGUCGAGGUGGAGAUUAAAGUGAAGAAACUGUGGCUGCAGAGGCAGUUCCUCUUCAACCUCGAGAUGAAGGACGCAGACCUCCCCGCAGAGCCUGAGUUUAUUCCGACUGUCAAAGAUGUCGCCGAUGCUACAUCAGUUGAACUUCAUGUCCCCAAAGGAGGCUGCCGCAUCAUCGCGGUCCGUCCUGUAUCCCCAAACAGCCGCGCAGAUGGCAGCAGGCAAGCGAGCUGCUCCGACAGCAAGGCGCCGGUGGUGGUGGCAUCCGGGUCUCCAUCAAAAGAGGACACCCAGGAAAGCCACCAAACAAGUGGCAAGAAGUCGGCCAAGAGAGCCCAAAUUGAUCUGAAUCUGAAUCGUGUUUUUCACUAUAAGUAUUAUUACUAUAAGGAGUGUGAAGUGGGGAGGCCAAGUGUCAACUUGAGCGCUGGUGACAAGGCGGUUCUGACAAACAACGAGAUGCUGACAGACGACCUCAUCCAGGCUGCCCAGAGGCUGCUCCACCACCAGUACCCGGCACUCCAAGGCCUGGAAGCCCCUACAGUUGGUCUCUGCGAGGACGGGUUUGCCAAGAUGACAGGAAAGGGGCUAUAAAUCCACCACAACAGAAGAGCGCACUGGGUUCUGUCGUCUUACGCAGGCGGACAGGUGCGCCUGUAUGACAGCAUUGGCGCCGACAUGACCGCAUCUCUGCAAGUCCAGCUUUACCAGACCUACGCCGCGUUUGCCGACCAAGAGAGGAACAUCCUGACCAUCAUCCUACCAGAGGUACAGCGUCAGAAGAAUGUCUUUGAUUGUGGGCUGUUUGCCAUCGCCUGGGCAGUGGACAUCGCACAGGGACAAGACGUGAGCAGCAUUGCGUAUGACGACAGGGAGAUGAGGAGCCAUUUGGAGAACUGCUUCAAACAAGGGAGGCUUACACCAUUUCCUCAUCUGACCAACCGGAGGAAGAAAGUCGGUCUAACCAGGGUCAGCAGAAUCUCGCUGGUUUGCUGCUGCAAGCAGGAGGAGGGUCUGGGAAGGAUUGAGGCGUGCAGGGCAUGUCAGAGGAUCUUUCACGUCAGCUGCCUGCCUGUCUGCCCUCCCAGUGAUGGCACAUGGAAAUGUGGAGACUGCGCCGUGUAA